GUGGCCCGGUGGUAUAAGACAAGAUGGCAACCUUCAAAAGGCAGCACUUCUGCUGCAUCUGCUCACCUGCCCCCCUCACCGCCGUCAUUUGCCUGACAUUCCACUUCCUGACGGCAACAAAGUCCCUCAGUACUCUUCCACGGAUACCUACCUAUCUGCUCAUCAUCUUUGCUUGUUCUGGGUUCCUUUUCUUUCCGAACCUUCUUCAACCCUGAUCGUCCCGACAACCUCUACACAUUCUUCGACACAUCCCGGCAGUCUUCGUCCUAAUCCAACAAUCUCCCUGUUUCACAAACAUCACGAGCCCCCUCUAUCAUCCAACCCCCCAGAAAAGAAAGAAAGAAAGAGGGACGUCCCAAGUUCCCUACGCUGUACGGAUACCUACCCAGCCGUGCUAAGGUAGCUCCCAAGCACAGCUCAGCCCACCCCUGGUCGGCGCAUCCGCACAAGCACCCGCACCCUGCAGGUCACGAACCACCACCCCUCGUCAUCCUCAGGACCCAGCUGCAAGCCGGAGCCUGCACGCAACACGCAGCAACAAAACCACCGCCUUUCGUCACCAGAUUUCCUGAACCCCGCUAUUUUACCCUCUACCCACCUCACCUAAUACCAACCCAGCCAAACUGAUCCAAACCCCAACUAAAACCCAACGACCUGACCGACACAUCUCACGAGACUGUGUAUCACGACCGUUCGCCUUUGCUUCACCAAAUUCCAGCUCUUCGCACACACUGCCUUAGCUUAGUCCGUCGUUGUUGCUCAAACCUUCAAAAUGGCCGCCAUCGUCGAACGCAGCCCCCCUACGCAUUCCCCUCCUGGUCCCCAUCCUAAGAGACCCAGAGGUAUUCUCAAGAACUCGUACCAAAAGUCGCCCCCAACAUCACCCGGUGAAGCCGACCUCACCGAGAAGGAGCUCACUCUCGUCAACACCCAAUACAACGCCGGCCACCGCCGCUCCUCUUCCGCAGCCCGCCCUUCAGGUUCCCGCCGCCAAUCCAGCCGAACCCCCUCCCAGCAGGGCGACGACGAGCAAGAUCUCGAAUCGUCCCAGCGCCUCAAGUGGGACGAGGCCAACCUUUACUUGACCGAGCAAGAGCGCUCGUCGACUAUGAAGAUUGACGAGCCCAAGACUCCCUAUGCGAAGCACUACGACCCCACCGAAGACCCCUCGGACGACGAGGAAAUGUCGGAAGACCCCAACGUUGAGAGGAAGCCUCGCACGGCUCGUGCUGGUCCUGGCGUGGAGGAUGAUAUCCCUAUCAUGUCGCUUGGCGAGCCGGAAGAGGCGGUCCCGGAAAGCGAGUCGUCCAAGGAAAAAGCCCUCAAGGCCGUCCACGUCGACGACAGCGCCAGCGCUCACGGCGACGACGAUGAGCUGGCCGGCCUUUCGCCCGAGGAGCGGGAGAAGCACCGUCGUUUCGAGGAGUUGCGCAAGAAGCACUACGAAAUGAAGGAUGUGGCCCACUUGUUGGGCCACCCCGAAGAACUGGAGGAGGAAGACGACGAGGAGCGUUCUGCCCGCGGGCCGCCUCCCGUCCCUGCUCUUCCCGGGCCUAGCGAGGCUACCAACGGCCAGGCCUGAGCCUCAGUCUAAGUCUGAGCUUGGGUGGCGGCGGGUAUCACUGGCUGAGUUCAGCUUCAGCCGGCACGCCGUCCCGAGGAGGAUUACACGGGAGACGCAUUACGAGCAUUUUCACGCACUGUUGACGCUUUUUGGGGUCGAGAUGGAGAUUAGCAUCCGGCAACGGCGUGGCACACGAAGGAGUUCUGGGUGGAUAUCACGGAUGGGGAUUUUAGCGGCGUUCCGGGGCCUUCGUGUCUGUAAUCGUCGCGUUUCGCAGUCACUGCAGCAGCCUGCUUCCUAUUCAUCGCCGGCGCCUUUGCCGCCAUCGGAGAGGGGGAGGAGUAUUUCAGCACGACUAAGUAGGCUUUUUGCUUCGGCCAGAACCUGGCACUUUCAAUAGAGUCCGAAUUGUC